CUCGCGAUUUGCACGACGUUAACGAAAUCUUAUCUCGCCUUGAUCAAAGUGUCUUCAGACCCAGAGAGCAUUUCAGUCGUGGGACAGACCUUGUUCGUGUGAUUACAGCGAUACAACCAAGACCAAUUCGGUGGGCUUUUUCAUGCACCAUUUAUAAAAUAUAAUCAUAUUUUUACAGCCAUUGACAUAUUUCCAGUUUUAAUUCGAGGUGACUAGAUCUAGACAGACGUUCGAGAAUGGAUCCAGGAGGAAAGAAAAAUAAUAAUUCUGAGAAAAACUCGGGGCGCAAGUCGGAGCAGAAAUCUGGAAAUAAACCGGACGCUUCUGAGGAGAAAUCUUCUUCGUCACCGGGUGAGGAGGCAGCCGGAGCCCAAGUAAGUGAACGUCAGUCGGACUCAACCCCCUCUGUAAAUGCGCAAGAUGGCGCAAGAAGUCCACGGCGGACCAGAGAUCAACAGCCCUCCCUCAGUGAUAAUUUACCACCUGACUUGGAACCAGACCGUUCAACCAGACAAGAGAUUUUAACAAUACGCACUGAAAGGGCGUUAUACAAAUUACGCAAGGAUCAAGCAAAUCGGCUACAAGCACACAGGGAGCUGCCGGACUCUACCCCCUCUGUAAAUACGCAACGUGACCUGACAUGGGAAUUAUUAAACAUGUUUAGAUUGUACUCUUCAGAAUCCCGCCAGCAACAGAGGCAGCAGCUACAGAGGCAGCAGCUACAGAGGCAGCAGCCACAACAGCAACAGCCACUACAGCAACAGCCACUACAGCAACAGCCACAACAGCAACAGCCACUACAGCAACAGCCACUACAGCAACAGCCACAACAGCAACAGCCACUACAGCAGCAGCCACUACAGCCACUACAGCAACAGCCACUACAGCAGCAGCCACUACAGCCACUACAGCAGCAGCCACUACAGCCACUACAGCAGCAGCCACUGCAACCACUGUACCAACAGCCACUACAGCAACAGCCACUGUACCAACAGCCACUGCACCAACAGCCACUUCAGCAGCAGUCAUUGCAGCAGCAGCAAGUGAAUCAAACACAGCAGGAACAAGCACAACAGUUACAAGAGCACGCCUUUAGGCUACAAGAACAAAUUUUUUGGCUACAAGAACAAGUACUUAGACUACAACAAGAUGCACGCAUGCUACAAGUAGACGGGGAACGAGCACAUCAACAAGAACUGCUUCAGCGACAAUCGCAACCAGCAUAUCAACUGCUACCACAAGUACCAAGUUACCUACAAGCACUUCAGCUACAACCACCUCGUAUAAUAAUGUACGGGCAAGCACCACAGCUACAACAAGCAUAUCAAGCAAUGCCCAUGAAUAGCAUGCAAACCUGCUACAUGAACACAAUCCCAUCAGCUACUACAAGCACAUCAGCUACUACAAGCACAUCAGCUACAGCUACUACAAUCACAUCAGCUACUACAAGCACAUCAGCUACAGCUACUACAAUCCCAUCAGCUACUACAAGCACAUCAGCUACAGCUACUACAAUCACAUCAGCUACUACAAGCACAUCAGCUACAGCUACUACAAUCACAUCAGCUACUACAAGCACAUCAGCUACAUGAACACAAUCACAUCAGCUACUACAAGCACAUCAGCUACAGCUACUACAAUCACAUCAGCUACUACAAGCACAUCAGCUACAGCUACUAC